AGAUGUUUACUAGGCGAAAGAAUGAAAACAAGGACUAUUUUUUUUAAGCGAACUACUUUGACGCCGCUGAUUGGUUCUCCUCUGGUGUCAGUCAAAUGUGGGCGGUGUCAGCUGACAAAUGAUAGUUCCAGUAAGUCCUCACAUGCUGUACAACACAGAGAGUCAACAGGCUGUUCGGGGCGCAGACGGAACAUCACUACGACUGGAGAACCAAAACAAACCAGCGGGUCAACACACCGUGGACACUCACAGAACUUUUUUUUUCUCAUGAAAGGCCUUUUUAGAAACAAAGUUUUUAUUAUUGUUAUCACAGAUUUUUACGGGCUUGGGAUGUGACUUUCAGUGGAGACUUUGCGCCCAGGCGGAGCACUGUUUUCCCGGACAGAUUUAUCUUGUGUUCGCUCACAUUUCAGAGGCGAAGUUACUUACUUUUGAGGUUGGUCUCAUUUUCAUGACAUUGUAACUCUUGGAUCCGUCACCUCUCGACUAUGGCGGAAGCGGCACAGCAGCCACACCUGGUGGAAAUCGACCCGGAUUUUGAGCCCCUGUCGCGGCCCCGGUCGUGCACUUGGCCCUUGCCAAGGCCGGAGUUCAUCAACCCUGGCGACUCCAACACGUCCUCGCCGGUGCCGUCCGUGAAGCAGGAGCCCGCCGGAAACGCCGACUUCAUCAACAACCUUAGUCUGCUGGAGGAGACCGAUGACUUCACGGAGCAGAAGCCCGUCAUCCUGUGCACUGAUUUCCAGUGUCAGGAGAACUGCGUCCACCAGCAACCUCCACAGCAGCAGCAGCAGCAGCAGCAGCAACAUCAUCAGCAUCAGCAUCAGCAGCAGCAGCAGCAGCAGCACCCGAACCCGCAACUCCCGCAUCACCAACAUCACCAUCAGCAGCAGCAGCAGCAGCAGGUGCCUCUGCUCUCCUCCCCGGUGGGCUCGUCGUCCUCUGCGGCCGCAACUGCCGCCGCUGCGCAGAGAAAGAGCAGCUCCUCCCGGCGAAACGCAUGGGGGAAUAUGUCUUAUGCAGACCUCAUAACCAAAGCUAUCGAAAGUUCUCCCGAGAAAAGACUAACUCUGUCUCAGAUUUAUGACUGGAUGGUGAAGAGCGUGCCUUACUUCAAGGACAAAGGAGACAGCAAUAGCUCUGCAGGCUGGAAGAACUCCAUCAGACACAACCUGUCGCUGCACAGCCGCUUUGUUCGCGUCCAGAAUGAGGGGACGGGGAAGAGCUCGUGGUGGAUGCUCAACCCAGAGGGCGGAAAGAGCGGAAAGUCCCCGCGACGCAGGGCGGCCUCCAUGGACAACAACAGCAAGUUCACCAAGAUCAGAGGAAGAGCAGCUAAGAAAAAGCUGUCCCUGCAAGGCGGUCCUGACGGAGGUGCAGACAGCCCAGGUUCUUAUUCCAAGUGGCCUGGCAGCCCCAACUCCCACAGCAAUGAUGACUUUGAUGCGUGGAACAGCUUCAGGCCUCGGACCAGCUCCAAUGCCAGCACUCUGAGCGGCCGCCUCUCCCCCUUCAUGCCCGAGGACGACCUCGGCGAGGCAGAUGUGCAUAUGGGCUACCCGGGAGCCCCUGGAGCCAAGAUGACAACCACAUUGCCCAGUCUCACAGAGAUGACAGGCUCUCUGGGGCACAGUUCAGAGAAUGUCAUGGAAAACCUUCUGGACAACCUAAACUUGCUUUCACCUAACAACUCUCAGGUUGGUGGAGGGGCAGCAACCCCAGGCUCCUCCCAGUCCUCCCCCUCUCCUAUGAUGCAGCCAAGCCCUGGGUACCCAGCUUAUAGCUCCCCCAGCAUGGUCUCUCAGCCUCAGCAGGAGUAUCGCAAGUAUGGCCAAGCAGGAAUGAACUCCCUGUCAUCCAUGCCGCUGCAGACACUUCCAGAGAGUAAGCCCAGCUUCGGGUCUGCGAUGGGCCAGUAUAGCUGCCCCGCAGGGCUUCUGAAGGAGCUGCUGACGACUGAUACAGACCAACAUGGAGAGCUCAUGCCGUCAGUGGACACUGUGGUGUCUCAGUCCAGCGGAAGCUGCAUGCUGCCUCCUUACAGCAGCAGCCAGCAUGCAGCGAAACUAAUGGGAGGAGGGAACAGUCAUCCGCAUGGUCUCUCUCACACUCACCCCCACGGCGUGCACAGCCAAGCCCCGGCCACAUCACCGGCUAUGAAUGGUCGCUUGCUCAUGCCCUUGAGCCAUAGCGGGGGCACCACGCGUUUGCCUACAGCCAAAAGUCCUAUUCAAAUGCCUUAUGGCCUCUCCAGCCACCUCAGUGGGGGAUGCGUGCCUGGUGGCUUCUGCCCUCUCAACACCAACGGAUACGGCCGACCAGGCCUGGCACACCCCUCGCACCCAGAGAAGCUGCCCAGCGACCUGGACGACAUGCCCAUUGAGAAAUUUGAGUUUGACAUGGAGACAGUCCUCCAUGACACUCUAAUGGACGGGGACUCCCUGGACUUUAACUUUGAGCCAAUGGUGACCCAGCAAGGUUUCUCCCAUGGAGUGAAGACCACCACGCACAGCUGGGUGUCAGGGUAGAAACUGCCGUGCGACGAAAGUUCUGUGCAACUGACUUGUUCCUGUUGCUGUUUGCUAAAAAAAAAAAAAAAAAAACACCAUCAGAACUCAUUUGAGACAAAAACAAAGUGUAUCUUAGGAUGUUAAUCCUCAUCCCAGCUUCAUGUGCAGUUUCUGUACCAUCAACAUUGUUGUUUCAGAAAUACUUUUCAGACCACCUCAGGAGACUGAAUCUAGUUGUGAUGUGCUGAGAACGCAUCUCCAUGAACUGUCCCUGAACUGGUGAAGAUGAAAUCAGAAAUAUUUUUGAAAUGUCAAAUAUUCUGUACAAACUAAGUGCCAAACAUUUUGCCUUAACGUAAGAGCCAAACUGAAACACACCUCUCUGGUUUACUUAUCAAGGUUACAUAUAGCAGCAGCACAAUCUGUAAAAGUGCUCAAAUGCAUACCAUGCUGUUUACUGUGUUUCCACAAUUAAACUUUUUGUAUGUACAGCGUAGUGAUAAUUUAUUACCACUACGAAAGAAUUAUGAAGGUAAUCUGGCUCAUGGGUUUGUGGAUGGACAAAAUGUUGAGUGAGAAACUUCUCAAGGGAUCCUCCGACGAUGUUACAUAAUAACUCACUUUAUUAUUGCCUAAAUGUACAUAAUGUCAUCAUACAGUUUGUAAAAUCAGGUCUGGUAGUGUAUUUUCUAAGACUGUAAAUAGUGUUUACAGAGCGGAAGCAAAAAUCAAGGCAGCAGAAAUGAGCUCAUUAAGAAAACUGGAUCAGACUCCUUUAAACACACGUCGAGUGGACAGAUCUGUGCUUGAGGAUUCUUCACAAUCAGGCUGUAAAAUGCUAAUAUACUUUCAGAUUUAUUGUACAUACGUUAAGAAUGUAUAUUAAAAUGAUGCAGUACAUGUUUACUAGAUUUAGUAUAUAUUUGAGACCUAAAUUAUUUGUGGUUAUAGAUUUAUGCUGGUAAACUAACCUGCACUCAGACAUCAGAAUCGUUCUGAGUCAUUCGUCACUCUGAACCUUAAUACCACAGGGGCCUAUUUAUUGUGCCUAACAAAGUAGAUAUUGACUGCAGGCUGGAAGGGUUUUAUAUUGUAAAUGUCUACGGUCCAGAAAAUACUCAGCAGAAUUCAGCAGUCUUGAAGAAAUUACAGUCAAUCUUUCAAUUUCAGUUCCCUGCUUUUGUUUUUAUUUUAUUUUUUUAAGAACUAAAGAAGAAAUGAGUAGUUGAUUAUUGUUAAGGUUCGCCAAAUGCUUCGCAGUGCUGUGAAUGUGAAGAGGUCAAAGCAGGUUGGUGGACAGAAGAUAUUCUCAGCCACACUGUGAGUAACCAGCCUUUCCCCUGUUGAGUUUCCCAACUUUUUUUUUUUUUUUUUUUUUUUCAUUUCCUUUGUCUCAAAAGGUUAUUAAGACUGAUUUAAAUUAGCACGGUAGGAUUCCUUUUCGUCCAGGAGAGUUGUGUGAUGCUGUCAGUAGGACAGCCGUACUGCUUUUAAUGAGACUCCACUUCUUUCAGUCUACCCCUCCUACCUCUACCUAUCUCUUUGUCUUUUUAAACAUUUGAUAUAACGGUAACAUGUGACUUGAUAACUCCAAUCAUCUUUGAAAUACCAAGUCUAUUUUAAUUAUUUUUUAAAGUCGCCCCUGAAAAGUGCCACUAAGUGUUAAGUAUCUUAUCGAGCUUGUAUAUUUGCAUUUUCUCGCUUGCUUUACUCACUUAUUGCUGUACUAACAAUGAGUUUGUCAGCCUGUCGGUGACUUAUGAUGCAGAGUCACAAAUUUUGUACAAGGUUGUCGCUACUUUUGUGAAGACAGUGUCAAUACACACACGACUGCUUCUCACGAAGUUGACUGGUUCAGUGGUUUAGAGGUAACUAAAACUGAAAACUGCUUAUUUGACAUUAAUGUUUUCUGUAUGAUUUAUCCAGACACCGCAUGUGUCAGUGGGUGUCUGAUCGUGUGUCGUUAAGGCCUCUGAGUGUGCAGCGUUUGCUUUUUUUUUUUUUUUCUUAAUUUAAGUCAAACUCUUGAGUUCGCCUCCGACUGGGAGGGGAAAGCUCUUAACUUAGUUUCAGUGUUUAGUUGAAAUGAAAACUUGCAUACUUCAGACCAAUAAUGGCACAUAAUCUGACACCACUGACAGGUUUUAAGAAAGCCGGGGAGCGGGGCAGGUUUAAGAGGAGUAAAGUGAAAUUCUUAACAUUUCAGAGAAGACGAUAAAGAAGCUGCUGUUUGGCUUUGGUGCCAGGUGUUGCCUUUUCUUACCCAAACAUGCCAUAGUGUCUACAGCCAAAUUUGCCUUUGAAGUGCAGAAGUGAUAUGUUUUAGCAUUUUUAUCAUGUGAUAUGUUCAGAAUUAUAUAUAUUUGUGCCGGUCACUCAAUUCAGGAUAAAACUGUAAUGAAUCCAUGUAGUCAGUGUCACAGGGUUCACUCUAAAAGUAAAAGAGCUGUACUAAGUAAAUUAUAUCUCUACAUUUUUAAAUGAUUGAAUCUAUGCAUUGUAUUCCUUAAUUUUAUGUUGCUGUUGUUAUAUUUUCUUUUUUUCUUUGAACUUCUGACAGAGAUAUUUUAUUGUAACAUAGCGCUGUGAGAUAUUAUGGUGUUGUUGUCAAAACUCUAUGUUCCAGAUAGUUAUAUGGGGGAAAAAAUGAAGUUUAUUUAGAAAAUAGAUGAUGCCGUGAUUAAUAUGCUAAGCUUUUGUAAACUGACGAUGUCGUAUUUCUUGUAUUUAGCUACAGUUUUUAGAAAAUAGCGUCAAAAAGCAGAUUAUGGAAAAAAAAGUUAAGAUAUAUUGCAUUUUUAAAAUGAAAAACACAAUAUUUAGCAUGUCAGAGAAGUCCUGCUCAGAAUGCAGAUUCUGGACCAAUUUUUGUAAUUUUAUGAGUAGAAUGAUAUUGCACUUUUACUUACGUUUUAUAACAAAGUGCUCCUCGUAAUGAGAGGAAAAGUUCCCAUUACAUAUUUUAAGAUAAAAAUCUGUUACAUUUAACUUAUAUACAGGACUAAAUUGGACUUGUGCUGUGUGAUUUGCAAUCAAUAAGGAUGUGUAACUUGUUCAAUAUUAAUGUAUUAAGAACUGAAUAAAUGUACUUCUGUGUUAAA